UUCUUCAAUAGAAUUACACAAGAAAAAGAUUAUAUUUAAAAUAAUGCUUGCUUAGUUGAAUAUAGCAAUAUUCUAUAUAUGCUAAAAAUUGAACUAGUUAAAAGGAAUGUAUUGUAUUAGGAUUCAAAAGUUAUUCUUGGGUUAUAAUUAAAUAAAUGAAACAAUCGACUCAGAUUGUUCGAUUGAUGAUAAGAUAUAUACAUAUGUAUAUACUAUGACUGUACUUAUAUAAACAAUCAUAGAAAGAGGUUAGUUUUUAUAUGACUUGUAUAAAUACUAAUGUACAUUUUUAUUAUAUCUACUUAUUGUUAGUGGACUUUGUCACUUCAUCAUUAAAUAAUAGAUUACAUAUAACAUUUAUGUUUGGUUCGACAUCGCAGAAGAUAAAAGCACCUCAACAUUUAUUAAGACUACGAGACGAUGAAUCUUAUGAACAUGAGUUACGUGAAACACCAUUACCAGACUUACAAAGAAAAGAAUUUUCUAAGAGAAUUACUAGUCCAACAAGUUGGGAUCGAGUUAGUAUCUCAACGUCUAUGUCAUGGCCUGAGGAGAUGGAAAAUGUUGCAACUGAGAAAUUACUUCAACAAUGGGAUGCAAUUGAAAGGGUUCUUUAUAAUGAAAUUGAUAACUUGUCCAAUAAUGAAAUUCUUGAAGAAUGUAUGCAAUGGAAAAUGCAAAUACCACAUCUGAGAGUUAUUGGAAAAGGAUUAUUUGAUGAAAAUAUUAGUAAAUCUGCAGAUUAUAGCACAAAUAAUAGAGAAGUACAAAAACCGUUCGAUGAUAGUGAUACUCUAAAACUAUCUAUUGAAUGUGAUCAGGCAGCAAAGGUAUAUAUAUACAAUUGUUUACAGGAUAUAAAUGAAUCUUCAAAAAAUCAGCAAUAUAAAAAAUUAAAAGAAGAAAUAUUUAAUAUUAUCUCGGAAUACAUAAAUUUUCAAUUAUUUCCAAAUAAAAAUGAUAAUACGGACACAUUAGAUAGUAAACUAGAUAAAGUAUUAAAAAUUACUCCUGCAUCUAUGUGUAGGACUAGAACAUUUACAAAAAGUUCUAAAUCUACUAAAUCGAGUGAUCAAAUUUUGUAUCAUGAAGAUUUUGAAGAUGAUUCUUCGGAUUUCAAUAAUGUAAAACAACAUGAACAGAGUAGUUUGGACAAAUCAAAACCUGAAACUAUUACAAGGAAUAAACGUUUUCCUCAAAGGAGAACAAAACAUUCUAUUUCUGCGAGUAAAAUAAAAGGCUUACAAAAAGUGGAAAGUGAUGUAAAUAAUGAAAGGGAAAGAUUAUAUACUCCACAACAAAAUAGAAAUAAACUCGGUACUGUUUUCAAUGAAAAGAUUGUUGUUAGCCCUGUGCCUUUUGCUGUAUCAACUAGAGAAAGUUUUUCUACUUUAAAAACUAUUCCUAUUAGAUUCAUGGAACAAGCUUUAGAAAUCUCAACUUCUCAAGGAUCUACUAGAAAUUCAUUUUCUAACGUCAAACCAUUAUGGAAAUCAAACAGUAUUAGAAUACCGAAUAAUCAUUCUGUUUGGCAAACCCCUGUAUCUUCAGCUGUGUGGCCGAAAAAUCUUAGACUUGCCCCUAUAGAUACCUCAAGGCUUCCCAGCAGCAAAAAUAGAUCAUUGUUGUUGGCUGCAUCACCAGCUGUGUUACAGCGCAGUAUAAAACCUUUAAGUCCAAUUUCACAUUCAAUAAUGCCAUCUACUACAAAAAUUAUACGCGAUAAAAAUAAUGAUAUUCUAGAAAUUCAAGGUAAGCAUAUUACUACAGGACAGGCUCCAAAAUCAGCUUUAUUUACAAGUAAUUGGGAUUGUAGUCCUAGAAACAUUUUAAGUAGGAAAAAGAAAGUUUCACUCAAAAAUGAAAAAUAAUAUUUAAUAUACGGUUAACAGUAUAUUGCUUAUAAUUUGAAUUGUAAAAUAUGCUUCUAUUAUUUCAAAAUGUUUAGUUAUAUAUAUAUAUAUAUAAUAAGACUCGUAAGAUAUU